AUGCAUCCUCGUACUCCUGAUAGAGUGCUGCAGCGAGUACGCAGGGCGACCCGUUGUAUCCGCCGCUCCUUCCCCUUUACAUAUCUUGGUUGUCCUGUGUACGUGGGGCGGAAUAAGUGCAUCUACUUUAGCCCUACAGUUGAUAAGGUGAAGGCCAAGUGUUUGAGUUGGGAACGACGAGUCCUGUCGAAAGGCGGGAAGGCCACUCUGAUUACAUCUGUGCUUCAGGCGAUACCUUUGCACCUUUUUGCCGCCUGCGCCCCGCCAAAGCAGGUGAUCCGGGACCUUGAGCGUUGCUUUGCUAGUUUCUUCUGGAGACAGUCUGGUAGGUCCGGGUAUCACUAUAGUUCGUGGAAGAAUCUCGUUCUCCCCAAAAAGGAGGGCGGGGUUGGUUUUUUGGAUUUGGACCUGAUGGUGCGUGCUGCUAGUGCGAAGGUGUGGUGGACUUUCCGCACUGAGCAUACGCUGUGGACAGACUUUAUGCGGGCAAAGUAUUUUAGUCGGGUUCACCCGGUUGCAAAACUUGUCCAGACCUCUAACUCUCAUACCUAG